GUUCUUUCGUUUUUCGCCUGCUGGGUGCAAAGGAGAGAGAGGCUCUCAGCAAAGCAACAAGAAGGAAGAGCAAUGGCGACACUGGAUCGCCAAAUACCAAGUCCGGAUACCUUCCUUCACAAGCCUUGGUCUACCUUCGUCAGUGCGGCUAAAUUACGUUUUGUUGACAACGCGGCGGCGUCCCUGGACAACAACAGCAGAGAGUUUUACUGCCCGAGAGAAGCCGCGAAGCUCGGCAAACCAGAGAUGCACGUGCACAGUCCUUUCCCAAUGUUGGAGGAUUUUUGUCUGGUUGUCUGCCAUAUCUGCAAUAAGGUGGUGACUCCUCAGGGCAUCCUCGCACACUACGAGAAGAGACACAGCUCCCCAGUCCCGUCCAGGAGCCCUUUGGUUCCCAUGAAGCCUAAAGCGCCUGCCGUGGCCCCCGCCGUGGCCCCCAGCACUGGGGACACGCUGGCAUUCAGGGUCCCCAAAGAUUACCCUCACUCCCGCUUCAGCAAAGCUCCACUUGCCGUCUACCCACCAAAGGGGGCACGGAACAAAACGUGCGUGUCGCUACCAGUUGUUAGCCUGGAGAAGAUGCCGUGCCUCAGCCGAUCCGAGUCUGCAUCCCACGUGCGGCUCACACCACCUUCCUCCUCCUCCUCCUCCUCCUCCUCACCUCUCAAAUCCUCCUCCAUCACGCCCCCAACAUCCCAGCGGACAAGCGAAAAGUUAACCAACGGUCGUGGCAGCAGCGGGCCAUCCACGCCGCGCUCCAUCACGCCUCCAUCCUCCCUGGACAGGCGCCCCAGUCCGGCGCACUCGCCACUGGAUAAACGAGCGUCGUCGACUCCGUCUCCGUCCCCACUGGACCGGAAGUCCUCCCUUUCACCUUCGCCUUCUCACCGCUCAGUCGCUCUGCCAGCGCUACAGUCACUGUCACCGAUGGAAAAGAAGCAACACAACGGCACGAAGACUUCCUCCAGGUCCCACAAGAGACUCUCAGGGAGGGUGUUUGAUCCAAACAAGCACUGUGGAGUACAGGACCCAGAGACUAAAAGGCCCUGCACGCGAUCUCUCACCUGCAAGACUCAUUCCUUAACUCACCGCCGAGCUGUUCCCGGUCGAAAGAAACAGUUCGACCUCCUGCUGGCGGAGCACAAGGAGCAGGCGAAGGAGAGGGAGGCUUUGAAGGAGAAGGAGAGGAGCAAGGACGCGGCGCCGGCAGGGAAGGAGACCUGCAGCCAGCAGAGCAUCGCAUCUCAGGAGGCUGCCUGCCCCGGCAAGACCCAGUGCGCCAACGGACGCCCCCUCUCCACGCUGAAGCUGCGCCUGGCCAACGCACACAUACCAAGGGUUCCUGGGAGCUCCUCCUUCGCUUCCACCUCCAGUCCUCUGCCCCCAGCAGCAACUCCGGCCCAGGCCCCAAAUCCAGAGCCGGUCCCCAUCAGCUGGACGGCGGCCGCUGCAGACGGUGGCAGACUCUCCAGCGAUGAGGGAGACGCAGAGACCUCGGAGGACACGGACAAACCUGGCUUGCAGUACCACAGUCAUCACCCACAGCCUUCAGGGUUCUGCGUCUUCAGCAGCCGGCUCAUGGGGCGGGGCUACUACGUGUUUGACAGGCGAUGGGACAGGAUGAGGCUGGCACUGCAGAGCAUGGUGGAAAAACACCUCAACGCACAAAUGUGGAGGAAGGUUCCUCUGGCUGCAGAGAGCCUCCCCUCCCUCUCCCCGUCUGGUACCCCCGUUCUGUCUCCUUCACUACAUUCUCCCACCUCCUUCACCUCCCCCACCAACUCCCAACUCCCCCCUCCGUUCCCCCAGUCUGCCUCCACCGGCGGGGCGCUCGGCAUCAGGGACUCCCCGCAGCGGCCCGCCCCGGCUUUCCCGCCGGCAAAAGGACGCAACGGCGCUCACAGAGCCAGCCGCCCGUCCAAAGAAGCCACGGAGGACUCUUCAACGGGACUGAAGAAGAAGCUAAACUCCUCCCACUCGUCGACCUCCUCGCCUUCUUCCUCCUUUCAGACUGUAGACAGCAAGAAGAACAGCAGCAACUUUUAUUCAGCAUUGCAAGGCUCAGGGGGUACGGCUCCGAAAAAGAGACCUUGUCCGGGGGAAAGUGGGUUUUUGAGCAGCUCAGAUGCCUGGCUCGCCAGAGGGGAUGGGUCUCUCACUCAGACCUCACAGAAGAGGGAAGCAGCCUCAGUGCCCAAUCAGCCAAUGGCUCCCCCCACAGGACCCUUAGCUUACGGGGGAGGAGCUGAGGGGAGAAAGAGGAGGAGCCCCAGCUCUUACAAAGGGAAGCCCAGCAAGCUGAGCCGGCUAGGCGGAAUGGAGAGCGUUUUCGGGAAAGCAAAGGAAAGCGGGGGAAUCCUGGCUUCGGGGUCGGAAUCCCCGAGACACGCCAAGCUGCAUCACUGACAGAAAGCCGGUUUGUGGACAGGACGCCGGGCAGCUGCGUGGGCCAGCACCGUUUGUGACCUUUGACCUCACCACUCCUCCAGUGACGGCACCAAUCAGACUGCAUCCUCUGGAUGACAACAAUGGCCGUUCAGUUGAUCGAGCGUGACGGCAGCGCUGUGAAGCCUGGACAUGCUUCUGUUUGGAAAGCUGCCGUGACCACGAUUUUCACCGGACGCCAUUGCAUUCAAACUAUCCUUCUGAAAGGGAAUUAGCGCUGCAUGUACCAGGUAUUGUUCACAACACCACCACUGUAGAGCUGAAGGUGGGAGAUGCUCGAAAACAGGAGAUGACAUCAAUACGGACUCCUUUCCUUUUCUGUCUUCAUCUCGAGCCCCGCCCACCUCAGCACGCCUGCGUUCAAAGUGCACUUACAAGCAUCCGGCGCUCCCUCCACCGCCUGUAGCGGUCCUACACACAACCCCAGUUCACACCCGGGAGAGGAAAACCUGGCUUGUGUCGCCACACUGCCACAUCAGUGCAUUGGAUUUUCAAAAUAAAAUACAGUCUGUUCUCAGUUCUAGGUUGUUUGGAAAGCAGCAGCUCUCCCCAAAAAUGGAUUUAUUACUACAAUUUUUUUUGGACUGCCUUUCUUUUUUGUAAAUUAAUUUAUCAUCUUUGAAUGUUUGAUAUCUAACUAACCAAUGAGGUUAAAGCUACAGAGACAUUUUUCUUUUUUUUUUUAAGUAAAACAUUUCUAUGGCAUUUUAAAGAAAGUAUUAUUACAGUUCCUAUGUGUACAUAUCUGUUACUGUUUUUGUAUUUAUUAAUAAUUGUCCUCUUUUAGCUUAUAUUAGAGAGGGAAUUCUAACUUUUCUUUAGGCUUGACAGGAAUAAUGAGACUGGCCUGGCUUCUUCAUGUGUUUUUAAGAAUGAGGUUGGUAACAAAAAUAACAUUAUUUGUAUAUAUACAUAAAUAUAUCUUCUAACGCCAUUUCAAUACACGCACAAAGCCAAAUAGGAACCUUUUUUUACUGUUUAUUUCAUUUCCUUGUUGCAUUACCAGCUGACGGGCUUAACUCGAGUUUACCAGUGUUCAGUUUAGUCAGUUCAAGUAUUUUAUCAAGAGAAAGUUGAAAUACUUCAACAGUUUUAUGGCAGAUUCUGAAAUUUUGCGUCUGGUUUCCACAUGGCAUGUUGUGUAAAUGCACUGUUGGGGUUUUUUUCUUUUUUUUUUUUCUUUUUUUUUUUGGAAGAGGCAUUCAGGGGUUGAGCCGUUUUGGUUCUUUAGUCACCGAAGUUUAUUCUGUUCUAAGGAAAACUUUAUUUUUUUCGCCCUGUCCUGCGCUCAAAAGUGAUCCAGAGAGUCACCGGGGCGUCUCCUAAGGCUGCUCUCACCCUGGCAUGUGAUGCGCGUUCAAGAACGAGCAAAACAGACAUACUUGAACGAGCUGUUAGCAUACGGUGUACGAUGCUGGCACAUGCACUCACAGUGGGAAGAGGCUUGGUGCAAAUCCUCCUCCAGGCUCUAAUCCGAUAAAUGUAAGACUUCCGAAUUCCCUCCCUAUUCCCUGACCACUACUGCAAAAUAACGAUCUAGUGCCGGACGAUCUAGGGCCCUGGAUUUUAAAAACCAGACACCCUUCUUACUUCUGUGUAUGUUUUUUAUUGUGAAGCUCUUUGAACUGCACAAGUAGGAAAAGCGCUUUUUAUAGAUAAAGUUUGAUUUACUAUUUUCCGAACAUGAAAAUCUUAACAAUAACAAAAUAUUGCGACAGCUAUUAAUGAAUCCACAUUGUUCCAAUGAUGAAAACUUUGAUGGUUUAUUAAAAAAACACAUUUACUUUUUUGUGCAAAAAUUGUUCAGACCCAAUGCAUUGUGGUCUGUAUUUGUCAAUCUAGUGAGCAUUGAUGUACUCAGGUUUUUUGCAGACUUCUGGGAAAUUUCUAGGGCACUUGUUUUUGGAAUGGUAGAUUCAGACAGCACUACAAAAUGGCGAACGCACUAUAUAGUGCACUAAGUAGUGAGUAGUGAAGGAUUUCGGACACAAUUUCCUUAAAUAAUUCCGGCUAGAACCAUAUAAGGUUUGUACUUCUGUCAAUUUAAAGCUACCAAAUCCGAGUCUCUGACUGGUCAAAGUUCAACCUAUUAUACCUUUUAACUCACGCUCAAUGAGGGCGUGUUUUGGUACGUAGAGCCCCCCAUAAAAAACGACUUAAAAACUUGCGUAGCGAUGCGUCAAUGGAAGAGUUUUGAACAUGGAAACCCAAAACAUUUAUACAGACUUAGAAAUGAAAAGUGGUCGCUGGAACCCGCGUUUCCAAGCCUGGUGUGAACGUAGCAUAAAACACUGCUAGCGGGUUCUAGACAUCAAACAUGGUGGAUUCCUUCACAGCAAAUCAAAGCAUCUCCUUCUCCUUGUUUUCACUGUUUGCCUGUAGCUCCACAUUUUUCUUUCCUCUUCCAUCCAGCGUUGAAAGCUUUAGUUGGAUCUUUAACUGUAUUUAUCUUUCUUCCCAGGCUGAUGGGUCGACACUGGUUUCAUUGUGUUGAGUGAGAGGCCAGAACCGGGCCAUUCACCUACUACAGUAUAAAUUAGUCAUUCCUAUCAUUUAAGCGAUCAUAAAAAUGCAGAUUUAGUCAAAGUGGAGAUAAACAAAAAGCAUUUUAUGUUAAAAGUUUUUUUUACCUCCAGUGACCCACAAGUAUUAUCAGCUACUUUAUUCGGUUGAAUGAGGUGUCAAAAGUUACCUUCAUGCGUGGAUUUUAGGUGAUUUUACUGGUUAAAGUCCCACUUCAAUCAGCUUUUGAUCUAUUUUAAAAAUGAACCCUCCAGAAAAGUCAUUUUUUUACUCGCACUCGCACAACUGAAGCCAUUUUGAGUUUUACUUGCUACAAUUAGCUUGGUCUCUAAGCGCUAAUCUGGACGAUUUGUAAAUAAGCAGCCGUUUUUGUGUUGCAUUUUUAAACUCCUUUUUAAAAAAAAACAAAAGUUCAAAAGUGCUUUCCGGCAGACUUCAUGAAGUGUGUGGGAUCAUCUGCUGGGAAAUCUUUCCUGUAGAUACACGUCGGUGUUAGCAUUCAUGUUAGAAAUAUUAGCAUCUUUUUGUCCAGAUGUUUUUUCUCAUCUGUCUUUUUUUUCCCCCAGGAAAUCAGCAGGUGAAUUUUAAACAAGCUACUUUUUCAAAAAAAAAUUUAGGGAAAAGGCACUUUGAAAAAAGAAAAAAAAGAUUUUAAAAAUGGGAUUUUUUUGGCUACAAAAACCUAAACAAAGCUCCCAUUUACAGUUUAGUUUGAGGUUUUUUCCUCCUUUAAACUUGUUCCAACCUUCAGAUCUGGAUGUAUUUCUAUGAAUAUCCGAGAUUUUCUAUAUUUGUUAGUAUUUCUGGGAAGCAUACAGGAAAAGGUCGUGGCGGUUGACCCCUAAACCAGCACACUGUUGUCAUUGUCGAAUAAUCUAAAGCUGUGGUGAAUGUUGAAGAGAAAGACUUUUGCCUUGAGGGAUUUCAGUGUUUUAUUCAUCUUUGCUGCAGUUGAUUUCAAAAUAAUAAGAAUUGUUUUUUCAACUAUAGGACAUAACAAGCUGUAAAGAUGAUCUUGUAUCCGAGCUUUUAUUAAAUGAAUGAAAAAGCA